CGAAAGAGAGCCUGGAGCCCCUCCUCCAGCUUAGCCCAGUCAAGCCAAGCCUGCCUUAUUAACCUCCACCACCCAGGGUUAGUUUAGAGGCGACACCAUCUAAACCUCACCUCGUCUCUUGUCUUGUUCCCGCCUCUUGUAUUUUACACUCUUCAUGACUGCGGCCCUUCUCGUUCAGUGACGGACUUCCGUCUUCAACCACUCCUUCUCCCUCACCACGCGACAAUUUAUUCAUCCUUUGCCUACCUUAUCUGCGACCUCUCCAUUUGCGACAUCUCCCCGCCUCGACCGCUACAUACAAUAUCUUUACCUACCUAUACCGUAUCUCGAACAUGACGGGCCCUGCCUCUCCUCAGGCCGAAGGCCCCACGUUUGCUCCUCCCCCGCUGCCCGCGGGCUGGAUUGCUCAAUGGGAUGGCACAAGCAAGAAAUAUUAUUAUGUACAACUGUCGACCGGUGUUUCGCAGUGGGAGGUUCCUACUGAACCAGCCAAAACGGGAAAUACUCCAGCUCCCCAGGGCGAACAUCCUUACGGCGCUCCCAAACGUUCGGAACUCAUCACGCAUCCUGAUGGAUCGCAAACUGUGCGCCAUGCAGAUGGUACCAUGGAACCAAUUAUGCCGGACGGCACCCGAGGUGUAGAUGGUCCCUCUGGUGAACGGGGUCUUGGAAGCAUGGCUAUGAACGCUUUGCUCGGCGGAAAGAACUCUGGUCAUGGUGGUAGCAGCAGCGGUGGCCACAGCUCCAGUCCAUUGGGCAAUCUCGGCGGUCUUGCAAACCAGUUCCUCGGCGGCAGCCAUGGUGGUAGUGGCGGCAGCAAUGGAGGAAACAAGCCCUCGGGCGCAGGAAAGCUCGUUGGGCAACUGGCGUCGAGCUUUAUGCACUCGGCUAGUCAGGAGAAGCCUCCUGCCCCCCAAAAUUACCAUGGUAAUUCCAACCAGAGCUCAAGCCAUCAUCAGGGAGGCCUCGCCGGGCAGCUUAUGGGUGGUGUUGCAACUAUGUUUGGCGGCAAACACGGCAGCAGUGGACAAAACUCCAACUUUGGCUAUAGUUCUGGGCAACAGCCGCAGCAGCAGCAGGGAGGUGGUGGAACGUACUCUGGCGAGGCACCAACCUACAACCCUACGGGCUCAGCUCCCCCGGUCGCUUCAGCGCCCCCCGCGGCCGGUGUGCAUUCCUAUGGCUCUCCAUCCCCGAACCAGCAUCAACAGCAUGGCUCGAACCAACAGUACGGUUCUCAACACCAACCUAGUCAGAAUCAGACAUACGGAUCGCAGCAGCAGCCAGGUUCUCAUCAGCCUUUCAACUCGCAUCAGCAACAGCCCGGUCAGAAUGGCCCUUAUGGAAGUCAUCAGCAGCAGCCUGGCUCGAACCAGCAGUACGGAGGCAACUCUUCUUUCGGUGGGAGCCCUCAUGGUUCUUCGAACAACUCGUUCCCUCCUCCUCCCCCAGGAGGCCCUCCCCAGCAUGGACAAAAUGCACAACAGGGACAACAAUACUUUCCUCCACCCCCUGGACAACAGCCACAUCAACCGUCUUCUGGUACAGGCUUUCCAGAUGUUCAAGCGCACGGCGGCCACUUUGGCGGCCCGCCUGAUCAACAUGCUCAGCAGUCACAGGGCUAUAGUGCACCACCGCCAAGCUCAGGCAAUCAGAACUUUCCUCCUCCACCUGGAGCCCCUCCCGGAGGAUAUAACCCUUCCUAUAACGCAGGCCAGGGGAACCAGCAGUCUUACGGUGGCCAGUCGCAAUUCAACAGUGGCGCUCCUCCUGUGCCUCAUGGUUCCCACCCUCAGUAUGGAGGAGCUUACUGAGAGACUGCAAUGAACCUGUACGGAACAACCGCAGUAUUUAUGCCACUCUUUUGAGUUAUCGACCACCUGAAUCGUUUUGGUACGAGACCGCAAGAAUAUCCCAAGCCGAAGAAAUUUACAGCUCUCCUGUCACAUCCGACACUUGGAUGCUCGAUAUGAAAGUGUUUUUCGAUGAAGAUGUGUGUCGAAACGAGUAUAGAUAUCGAAGCUCUUGAGAGGGCCAGGGAGAGUGACAUGAAGUUGGAGAAGUUACGAGCAAUAUGAUUAACGUAGAUAGUAGAACGCAUUCCACCAAGCCCCUUUUUUAGCAUCUAGAGUCGAGAGCCCGAUGGUGCCAACACCCCGUUAAUUCUGUUUUUUGUUUGCGCCAUCGGUUGUGACUGCAAUUGUCUGUAACUUAGAGGCGAUAGAUCUGGACACAAACCAAGCCACCGCGCCGACAAGAACAAGAUAGCCAGCUGCUGAGACUAGAGAACGGGGGACGAUACCAUAAAGAUAGGGGUCGAGGAUGAGAUCUACGUGUACAGGUGAGGGAUCCUUCAUAAGAGCCGCGUCGUCCGUAAAGUAGUCAGCAGAUGCCUUGAUCUGUAGCAGAAGAAUGGAAGCCUCGCGCUCCCUGCCUUCAGUUUGAGUUGACUCUUCUGUCAGCCUAGCUUCUUGAUCUUGGCGAGAAAAUGAGUAGCUGGCAAGUGACUGAAUCAGCUCUGGUGUCUGCCACACGGUGUCCAGCUCGUAUACACCCAAGUCAAACCCAGUUGGUUGCUGGCGGCGCACACGAAUUAGCUUGCUUUCUCUACGUAAAUCUCGCGUUGACUUACGACCGCAGCCCAACAUACACGAAACUCAUACCGCUGGCCUUGGUUUAGUUUAUCAAGAAGCACCCAUGUUGCAACGCCGGAAGCGUAAUCCUUUGGCUCAGAGGGAAAGCUGCGGCUGAUAUGAGUUCGAAUACUUGGGGCGUCUGGUGUAAGGAUCGGUAGUCUGAGAUCACCCAGCGAAGGCUUCUGUUGGGGAAUAGGGAGUGAUGCAGGAGCUGUGAAUAUUGUCUUUUCAACAUUGGCGAUGGCCGUGCUAAGAAGAAACAACAGGCCGCCCAGAGCAUAUAUGGUUUGAGCCCUCCCGAGAGACAGCAUAUUGGUAAUUGAGAGACCUGUGUUUGCCCUCCAACUGUUGUCCUUGCAAUGUGUAAGGACUGUUUUCAGGUUGGUACUAACAUGUUAAGCUAGGUAGGAACAAAAGCGUCACGUGUGUGAUAUUGACCAGCUGCCCCACCAGUCAGCCAUAUCUAACAACUCAAUGUUACAGUUUGACUAUUAUAGACUUACGAUUUCCCCAUCUUCAGUGUGAAAUGGCAAUAUUCACAUAUUAAUCUGCCAUGGCACGAUCUGUCAUUCUAAUACAUUCGCAAGUUCGUAUUGGUACAUAGAGGGAAAAUGAUGUUGAAUUGUGGCCACCAUAAUGAAGAUCAUCGACCGAGCUCGAGCCUGGUGGUGAUAACGAACGGCAGUUGCGAGUUUCUCAAGUGACACCUGCGUAUGUAUCACGACAACCGGCCUACAUAGGUAUCUAGUACCUAGGUAGCUAGAUGCUUGUGAACACAAUGGAAUUGCCCCUUAUUAACCAUGUCUUGUAGGAACUACUAUACCUAAGCUGCUGGUACGGAGUACAAGGCGAACGAUAAGGUAACGAGAAGGGAGUUGUGGUUCUGGGUACGUACCGUAGAUAUCAACAAGGAUGUAAACAAAUGAACAUGGUGCCUGACCAGGAUGGCUACUGCAACUAUCUUCCAGUGAAGAAAUAGAAUACUGUGAAAGGACAG